AUGGAACUUGCAGAACAGCUCGAGACUUUGCCACAGUACUCACGAGAGUUCGUGCACUUCUACCUCUACGAAGUUCUGCCCGAGUCAUGGCUGUGCCUGCUUGAGACUAAGGCACUUUUUUAUCACGCACAGGCCUACUACACGCUUGCAAAAGCUCUAAUUGGCAUUUCUCUUGAGGGCUUCAUCUCCAACGAUGACGGUGUCUAUCGGCUUGAUACAAGUCUGAACGACUCUCAUGUCUGGAGGCCGGAGACUACUGCGGCUAAACUUAGUGAGUUUGGGGUCAAUUUUCUCCUAUACUACUGA